AUGCUCAGAGAGGCAGGAAACGGGGCCAGCCAGGGGGACUCGAGAGCGGCUGCACUUUCCUGUCCCCCGCCGAGGAGAGCGGAGGAGCAGCGGCCCGUGGCCUGGCGAGUUUCCCCGGAGAGGAGCCGGAUUCCGCUGCAGGGACGGAGCGAGGAGUCCGAGGUGCAGGAGGGCGGAGCAAGCGGGGGAGGAGGAGGAGGAGAGCACGUACGCCUGGCAGGAUGAGGCCCCGAGCCCAGCCAGAGGCUGCAGGGCGCCCCCCAACCGGGCAGGAAGGGGAAGGGGCGCAGCUGAGGGGCAGGGCAUCUGCAGGAGGGCGCAGGGGCAAACAUCUCUGGCUCAGGCUGGCACGGACCCUGCCGGAGACCCUGGGGAGCUGCUCCCUUCAGUCCUGAGCUCAAGGGGCAGAAUGAGGGGUCCAAGGCAGCUGCUGCUCCGCGAUGGACGAUGCAUAUAGUCGUCCGAUGAUCAGCGGCGUACCUGGGGCUUUUGCCUCCCCUUUCCCUGUCCCUCAGCAGGGAGCCCAGCCCAUUUCGACGGUCCUCCCCACGGCGGAGAGGGAAGGGGAGGCAGGGGGAAUGGAAGAGCACUGCAGCGGGGGUGGGGGCUCUCACUCUACAGCCCCUCCUGAUCCCCCUUCCUCUGCCAGUGCCAUCGAUAAACCUAUCGCCCUCCUUCGUGAAUUGGUCUGAUCGCCUUUUAAAGCUCUCUUUGCCACCACCAUCACUGCAUCUUCUGGCAAUGAUGUCCAUCAGAUUCAUUUAGCAAGGAAAUGGCAUAUUUUGCCUGCCUCAGAUCAAGGUACACUGUGCCUACACAUGGAGGUUCUGUUGUUCUGUCAAGGAUCUAUUCCCCGGAGAACGCAUCUGAUCUUUUCCCAAGCUAUCAAGGUAGUGACCUCUUGUAUCUGCGUGUGAAUAAGUGAGACAGGCUUAAGCCUGUUUCAUUAAUUGUUUUAUUUCCACCUUCCUCAGUAAGGUUUUAUCUUCCUCCUUCUUCAGUAACACAGCUGAGUUUUCAGAUGAAGGCUGAGGGUUGAAGUGGGUGACAGUUUUGAGAGUGCAGAGGAAAGGAGGAUUCUAAAGAAGUGUGGCAUAUGGAAAUGAAUUAAUGAUAAUAAAAAUGUUGAAGACAGUAUUGUAAAAGACUGAGGAAGGCGAAAUUGAAAUUAGCUAUUCAUGUCCAGAUUAUUAUUCCUUUCAUUUCUAUACUGCUUCAUAUUUUAAAGAAAAAAUCUCAAAGUAAUUAGAGAGAAAUCUCAAUUCAGUUUGUGUCCAUAGGAUGUUGAGAACAUUAAAUCUGUAGAUCCAGGAGUUCUCUCCUCCUGAUAGUCUCAGAUUUGAUUGUUCUUUCUGAUAGAGCAGGAGGAAUGAAACAUUUAUGGGCUUAAAGCUGCAUUGAUUCUGGAGGCCACAUUCCAGUGAGCUUUGUGGCCAAUGUAUGCACAUGCAUGCGCACCCAGAAAAGAGAUGCAGACCAUAAAGUCACAUGCACACACGCCAGAGGUGCUGCACACACUCACCAGACAUGCCACCUAGCAUACAUACAAGUCUUGCAAACACAAUCAGCAUGUUUAGACCUUCCAACCCCAGUGCUGGGGUGGAGGAGAAAUAAGAGCACAAGAAGACCCUGCUGAAUUAGCAAUGAGAUCUGUGGAAAAAAGACCCUUCUGAUUGUUCUUUAGAAAUCCUCUUUAAAGAGCAGCCAGAGGGAUCAUUUAUUUCCAGAGCAGGGCUUUAACCCCAUUUCAGCACUAUGCUGCUUUGUGGUGAAAUUGGAGUUGAAAAGAUCUCUCUAAGGGCCCUUAGGCAUAUUUCUCUCCAGAACAGACAGAGAUCUUCAUCAGAUGAUCAGAUCAGGAGAUGGAAAUGGCAGGGACUAGCAGGACACACCCUGAGGCUUGGCAAACCAUAUGCAGCCAAUGGACUGCAAGUUAGAGUGUCUUCAGUCAAGAGAGUUUCUGACCAUCAAAUUUAAAAUAUUUUGGAGUGAGUUCUUUGAUUUUGUUGGUCAAUAUUCCUUUUGCCUGUUUGUUUCUUAGGCUGUGCAGAUACCAUACAUUUAAAGCACGUGGCUUCCCCCAGAGAACCACGGGACCUGUAGUUUAUUGCUACAGUUCUCAACACCCCUAACAAACUGCAGCUCACAGGAUUUCUUGGGUGAGGUCAUGUACUUUCAAUGUUAGGUGGGUCUGUCGCAGCCUUAAUCAUAUACAAAGAUCUGUUGCUGCCUUUCCAACAUGCUAGAAGUUGCAGCCAGGAUCAGCAUUCCCUGUCCACUGAACAUGCUCAGUCCUCUCACUGGGUUGUUUUUGGAUUUCCUUCCACUGCCUUGGUUCCCUCCCCCCGCCCCCAAAUAUUAUUUGUACUUCCAUAAACCUUGAUGUUUCCCCCAGUCUUUGGAUAACUUCCCCUCGUCCCUGGGUGGAGUCGUUUGGGUGACAUAAUGAUUGUUAUUCACAGCCUGAACAUCAGAAAUAGAAAGAGUAAUAAUAUAUUUCAAAAACUGGCAAAUGGUUAAAAAAUGUGCUUUUGUUUUUAUUCUUGGGUUUUAUUUUACUUUGUGUUUAUUUCUUUUCCAGCAGGGUGACGUAAAAAUGGAAGAGCCGGGACCCAGGAGACCCAUUCAAAGGCAGAGACUGGAGUGCAAAGGAAAGAAACCUCCUGCCGGCCAAGUUGGGACCAUCAGGGAUCUUCUGCCUCGGGCAGAUUUAUGUCAAAUUAAGCAGGAGGCAGAGGAGCGGCAGCCGCAGCAGCACUGGGAGGCCCAGAAGCAGGAUUUCCUGAAGACGAUGCAGCCCCCUCGUUCAGGGUGGGAAACCCCACAGGCUUCCAGUCCUCCCCACUCCGGGAAUGGUGUCCUCCCGGCCUCCUUCAGGGGAGCUGCGGAUGCCAGUCAGUGGCCCAGUGGGAGAGCAGGGGGGACAGACCAGACCCUGCUCCCAGACACUGAGGGGCUUCUGGGAAAGGUAAGUGCCCUCCUCUCACCUGGGUUUCCAGCACCUGGAGGUCACAGGUCCACUGCCUCUAGACAUGGAGGUUCUGUUUAGCUUUGGUGGUGAAUAUUCCUCCUCCCUGCACUUUCUCUCUAAUCCACUUUAAAAAGGCUUGCUGGACCAAACUUUACAUGGGAGGUUUGCGAUAAUAUCUCCUGCUAUUCUUACUUUACUUAAACAGCUGCAGGGGACUCUGAAUUUUAUCAGAGCAGAAGCAGUGUCAGAAGAGGGGUCCUUCCACCAAACCCCGUUUUCCUCCUCUAAAUUGCCUCCAUUUCCAAAAUGCUCUUUUCUCCCCACUGAGGUAAAAAUCUUGGCACGUCUUGCAGCCUCAGCAAUCCCAUGUGUAGUCGCAUUAAAUAAGACUGGCCUACCUUGCAAGGUUGUUGCAAGAUUUAUUAAGAUAAUGGCCAGGUUCAGAUGACUGAAUCACAGCCUGAAAAGCCGGGUUAAAAAUAGGAACAGUCAUAGAAUAAUAGAAUCAUAGAAUCAUAGAGUUGAAAGAGACCACAAGGGCCAAGCAGGAAACACCAUCAGAGCACUCCUGACAUAUGGUUGUCAAGCCUCUGCUUAAAGACCUCCAAAGAAGGAGACUCCACCACACUCCUUGGCAGCAAAUUCCACUGUCGAACAGCUCUUACUGUCAGGAAGUUCUUCCUAAUGUUUAGGUGGAAUCUUCUUUCUUGUAGUUUUUUUUUUUUUAAAUGAUAUUUAUUAAAGUUUCAACAAAAUACAAAAAAUACAGAAUACAGAAAAAAGAAUAAAGUUUUUGAAAUAUAACAAAAAAGUAAAAAAUAAAAAGAAACAUAUGAAAUAAAACAGUUAAAAAAAACACACAUUAAUUUUCCAUAACCUAUCUUCCCUACACUUAUUUCCCCGGACCUCCUCGUACCUCCUUUUUUUGUAUUCCAAUUCAGUUAGUUAGUUCAGCAAAUUCUUACCAUUAAGCUUUUACCCAAUUGUAGUCCUUUUUUCAUAUCUCUUAAAGCAUUACAGCUAAAAACCUCUUAGUUUCUAUCCAACAUCCUUCUAACAUUCAUUAAUUUUACAGUAUUUCUGUAAAUAGUCUUUACAUUUCUUCCAGUCUUCUUUCACAGACUCUUCUCCCUGGUCUCGGAUUCUGCCAGUCAUUUCCUUCUUUCUUGUAGUUUGGAUCCAUUGCUCCGUGUCCGCUUCUCAGGAGUAGCAGAAAACAACCUUUCUCCCACCUCUAUGUGACAUCCUUUUAUAUAUUUGAACAUGGCUAUCAUAUCACCCCUUAACCUCCUCUUCUCCAGGCUAAACAUGCCCAGCUCCCUUAGCCGUUCCCCAUAAGGCAUCAUUUCCAGGCCUUUGACCAUUUGGGUUGCCCUCCUCUGGACACGUUCCAGUUUGUCAGUGUCCUUCUUGAACUGUGGUGCCCAGAACUGGACACAGUACUCCAGGUGAGGUCUGACCAGAGCAGAAUACAGUGGCACUAUUACUUCCCUUGAUCUAGAUGCUAUACUCCUAUUGAUGCAGCCCAGAAUUGCAUUGGCUUUUUUAGCUGCCGCGUCACACUGUUGGCUCAUGUCAAGUUUGUGGUCAACCAAGACUCCUAGAUCCUUUUCACUUGUACUGCUCUCAAGCCAGGUGUCACCCAUCUUGUAUUUGUGCCUCUCAUUUUUUGCCCAAGUGCAGUACUUUACAUUUCUCCCUGUUAAAAUUCAUCUUGUUUGUUUUGGCCCAGUUCUCUAAUCUGUCAAGGUCGUUUUGAAGUGUGAUCCUGUCCUCUGGGGUGUUAGCCACCCCUCCCAGUUUGGUGUCAUCUGCAAAUUUGAUCAGGAUGCCCUUGAGUCCAUCAUCCAAGUCGUUGAUAAAGAUGUUGAAUAAGACCGGGCCCAAGACAGAACCCUGUGGCACCCCACUAGUCACUCUUCUCCAGGAUGAAGAGGAACCAUUGAUGAGCACCCUUUGGGUUCGGUCAGUCAGCCAGUUAUAAAUCCACUGGGUGGUAAGCAUAAUCAAGACCGCAUUUUACCAGCUUCUUUACAAGAAUAUCAUGGGGCACCUUGUCAAAUGCCUUGCUGAAAUCAAGGUAGGCUACAUCCACUGCGUUCCCUUCAUCUACCAGGCUUGUAAUUCUGUCAAAAAACGAGAUCAGGUUAGUCUGACAUGACUUAUUUUUCAGAAAUCCAUGCUGACUUUUUAAUGCAUUGCUGCAGCAAAGUUACAAUAAAACCUAAGUUGACCCAAGUUUAAAACCAAAAACUCUAGCCGCCACCGCAGUCUCCUGGCCCCCACAACCAGAAUGCAUCACUCCAGGAAGGACCCCCACCCAACCUUUAGUGAGAGAGGGCAAAAGAAAAGGACUCUACAUUGGUAGUUGCACAAAUUUACCAGCUGUGGUCCUGCACUGACAGCAAGGCUAACAAACAGGGGAGCUGGGAAUGUGCUAGUCCCGUAUCUCCCUGCAUCUGCCUCCUGACCUAAUUGUCCCAGCUUACCUCAUGAUUGGGCCGGCCCUGAGGGUGAACUGUGAUGAAACCAGGCAGUCUCUUAUGAGCCAUAACUAGCAAACUUUCCAUUUUGCCCAAACCAGGAAACUACAGCUGCCAGCUUUGGAACAAGCCGGGAGAUUAAUCUAACUUCAAAAUGUGCUUGGUCAAAACAGGAAACUCUGGUUGAUCAGUGGCUUCGUGGUUUGACUGUUCCCACUGAUAGCAGUAAAAAUAGGAAGCCCUGUUGCAUUUGAAGGGGUUGUUUGGACAGAGUCUCUGAUCAGCAUGCCUAGCAGGACAGGCUUAAAAAGGUAAAGGGACCCCUGACCAUUAGGUCCAUGACCGACUCUGGGGUUGCGGUGCUCAUCUCACUUUAUUGGCCGAGGGAGCCAGCGUACAGCUUCCGGUUCAUGUGGCCAGCAUGUCUAAGCCGCUUCUUGCGAACCAGAGCAGUGCAUGGGAACGCCGUUUACCUUCCUGCCGGAGCUGUACCUAUUUAUCUACUUGCACUUUGACGUGCUUUCGAACUGCUAGGUUGGCAGGAGCAGGGACCGAGCAACGGGAGCUCACCCCGUCGCGGGGAUUCGAACCGCCAACCUUCUGAUCGGCAAGUCCUAGGCUCUGUGGUUUAACCCACAUCACCACCCGAGUCCCAGGACAGGCUUAGGAAGCAAUUAUUAUUAUUAUUAUUAUUAUUAUUAUUAUUAUUAUUAUUUGCAUCCUGCCUAUCUGACUGGGUUGCCUCUGCCCAUCUGGGUAGCUUCCAAGAAAAUAAAAACCAUCAAAAAUUUCCUUGUAAAAGGCUGCCUUCGGAAGUCUUCCAUUUUGUAGAAAUGGCCUUCGGUUUUAAAGAAUUGCCCUCUUUAAGGAAUCACUUGGUGUAAACAUGUAUGUUGUCCUCUAGGUCCAAACACACACAGACACACACAUAGUAGGAACAAGCAGUGCUUUAAAGUGCUUAUCUUGCGAACUUGUCGUCUAAGUUGUUUACUCCUGACCAAAGUUCCUGUUUCCCAAAAGGACAGGAGGGGGAGCAGUGGAGGAAACGGAUGGGUUUGAAGGCUCCUUCCACCAGCCGCCUCUCUCCCCUGAGGAACAAGAGCAAAGGGUGUUUGCAGGGCAGAAGGACAGAGGAGGAGGCAGCAAGGGCAGAGGGAGCAGUGGGCGGAUCCACCGCCUCUCCUAGGGUGUCCUGAUGCAAGCAAGAGGCUUCCUUCUUCUCUAUGCAAGGGCCACCCAUGUAUUCAGAGCAGUCCUUUGCAGAUUAACUCUUAAGUUCCAAGGGAUCUACUCUCAGGCCACUAAUGUGCAUACCAUGCCAGCCUUAGGAAGGGAGGUGGGACAGGCAGGUGAAAGGAAUUGCCAAAGGUUUUUGAAAAUGGGUGGAGGCAAUUGGGAAGGGGGUGCCCAAUUGGGGCUUCUCCAGGGGCAGCAGAAUGUCUUGGGCAGGAGAAUCCCUGCAGGGGCUCUCAGACUCCCUUGGCUUCUUCUUCUUCCCUCCCUCCCAGGAAGCUGCAACUUGCUCUGGAUUCUGCGCUCCUCAGGAAGCUGAACCUGCAAACCUAGCUGAGACUGAACCUGCAACCCUGGCCAGGAUGGAAGGAGGAAGAUGGACGGUUGACCUGGUCAGGCUGUCUCCCGCAUCCCUCCCCACAACCUCUGAGCAUUCCCUUCCAGGACCCUUGGAGAAAUCUGGUGAGUUCCAGGGGAGAGGAGAUGGGGACAGGGAUAGAUGGAUGGUGGAGGGAGAAAGGUGAAAAGAUGGAGAGAAGACAAAUGGAAGGAGGUUCCUGAAUGUAAGAAGGAAGGGGUGAGGCCUUCUCCAAAGCAGCUUUUCUUCCUCCAGGCUUCUAAAUCUUAGAUGUUAUUUCCCCAGCAGUAAUAAUUGAUGAUAAUGAUGUGGCACACCAAUCCUUAAAAACGGGUGAAGGGUAAUGGAAAUGCUUCCCAUAAUUAUUUAUAAUUAAUCUAUUACCCUUAUUUUUUAUAGACAGGGUCAGAGUGAUACAUUCCACCAGCAUCAAAACACAAUAAAUGCAUGCAGCUCCCCAGUUUUGUGGACUUAAGGGACAAAGGACCAGCUAUCAUGAUACACAAUUCCUGUGGCUGGAGGCUCUACACUUAGGAUUGGACAUAUAAAGUCCAAGAGCAUCUGGUAUUAGAAGCAAAUUGUGUAAACUUGCCAAUCUUACAUACCGGGAUUGUUUGUGAGAGUGAGUGAGUGGGGUAAUAAUUUAUAGCAUCCCUGUGAUUUUGUCCGUUCCUAAGCUUCUAUGGGUGGGACGCGGGUGGCGGUGGGACGCGGGUGGCGCUGUGGGUAAAACCUCAGCGCCUAGGGCUUGCCGAUCGCAUGGUCGGUGGUUCGAAUCCCUGCGGCGGGGUGAGCUCCCGUCUUUCGGUCCCAGCUCCUGUCCACCUAGCAGUUCGAAAGCACCCCUAAGUGCAAGUAGAUAAAUAGGUACCGCUUUAUAGCGGGAAGGUAGACGGCGUUUCUGUGUGCUGCGCUGGUGCCGGCUCGCUAGAGCAGCUUUGUCACGCUGGCCACGUGACCCGGAAGUGUCUCUGGACAGCGCUGGCGCCCGGCCUCUUAAGUGAGAUGGGCGCACAACCCUAGAGUCGGACACGACUGGCCCGUACGGGCAGAGGUACCUUUACCUUUACCUUUAAGCUUCUAUGGAGAUACUGUGGUACAACCUUGGUACAAAUUUCAAAAUAAGUACACAAAGCCAACAAAGAGACUCAGAGGUUUAUAGUGGCACCAGGUAAAGGUAAAGGGACCCAUGGCCAUUAGGUCCAGUCGUGACUGACUCUGGGGUUGCGGCGCUCAUCUCGCUUUACUGGCUGAGGGGGCCGGCGUACAGCUUCUGGGUCAUGUGGCCAGCAUGACUAAGCCACUUCUGGUGAACCAGAGCAGCGCACAGAAAUGCCAUUUACCUUCCCGCCGGAGCGGUACCUAUUUAUCUACUUGCACUUUGACAUGCUUUCGAACUGCUAGGUUGGCAGGAGCAGGGACCGAGCAACGGGAGCUCACCCUGUCACGGGGAUUCGAACCGCCGACCUUCUGAUCGGCAAGCCGUGGCUCUGUGGUUUAGACCACAGCACCACCCGCGUCCCUUAAAGAUCCCUUAGAGAGAUCCUUUAACUCCAAUCUCAGCAGGAAUCAGCACAGUGCUGAGAUGGGAUAGGAGUCCUUAUCUAGAGAUAAAUGAUCCCACUGGCUGCUCUUUAAAGAGGGUUUCUAAAGAACAAUCAGAAGGGUCUUUUUUCAUGGAUCUCAUUGCUAAUUCAGCAGGGUCUUCUUGUGCUCUUAUUUUUCCCCACCCCAGCACUGGGGUUGGAAGGUCUAAACAUGCUGGUUCAUAGCUGUCAACUUUCAGAUUUGAAAAUAAGGGAUCAGCAGCCUCACCUGUCCCCACGUCCCUGUGGCAUCACGUAUCCUGCUCAAAAUUCCACUUUGUCAGACUGCAGCCCACAAAAGCUUAGGCCAUAAUACAUUUAUCAGCCUUUAAGGGCUGCAAAAGAUGAAUAAAACAACUUCCGGUUAGCGCCAGCAGCAAUGGCUGACCUCCUUUGAGUCUCGGAGGGGGUAGCUCAGUGGGAGAUCGGGUCCUGUGCGCUCCGGCGAAGCGGGGACCCUUGGAAAUCGCAGGCGCGGACGCCUGCGAACGUGGAGGCUCGGCGGGCACCUUGGAGUGCCCCCCAACCCGAAAGGAAGCCUUUUUUUGAGGCUUCAGAAGGGAGCGGGGGAGAAGCGCGGUGCUGCGAGCGGAUCACUGCUUUCACUGAGCGAAGCCGUGUUGCCGUUGCUGGAGAGCGCUGACUUAUUCCUGGGACAUUUGGACUUAAAUUUUAACCGUGAGUAGAGGAAUUGGAUUAAAAAGAGCACUAAUUGGAUUAAUUGGACUAUCUGCGUAAAAGCGGAAAAGUUUUAAGCUGUAAAAAACGUCUGAAUUGGCUACCGCGGUGGAAGCGCAAACAGGAAGUCCGCUUCCCUGCACUGUAUGUGGAAUAAAGCAUAGAGAUUUGGAGCUAAACGUGAGAAAAUUGAACUGAAACAAAAGUUUCUUUCUGACCUGAGAACUUUGGUGGGAUCUACCCUUUGGAGGGAUAAGGGAAAGGCUUUUGAUUCUACCGGACUGCUUAAAUUUAAGGAUUUAAAGAGCGAUUUGUCAGUGGACGUCUCAGCUGUCAAAGCUGUCAGAGCUGCUUGCUGGCUGCAAAGAAGAUACAUUGUGGCCAAUUUCUUUGGGGAAAAGAUUGGAAAGAACUGGAAAGCUACUUUGUGUUCUUUAUUUUUGUCUUUUUACUUAGUUUCUCUCUCUUGCUAUUUUAAAAGGACAGUAACUAGCUAGGUGGUAACAGUGUCCACCUAGUGGGACUCCUUGCAACUACAGGAAAGGAAUUUUCCACUUGUAAACAGGAACACCAGACGUGGGAAAGGAAUUUGACCUUCACUUUGUUAUGGCUGAUGGUCAAAAAGACCAGUCAGUCUUGAGAUCAGGGAAACCCUGGGUACACAGAAGGCAAUCAUCUGCUGGUUUGCCUGCAUCGGCAAUACAACCUAAGUCUGGUGGAAUGCCUGAGGAAAUUUUAGCCAGUGCUCUGGCUAAGAUUAAUGAAUCGAUACAACAAUUAAGUACAAGGGUGGGGGAGACGAAUAGGAAAGUGGAAGAAACGAACCAGAAAGUGGACAUUGCAAAUAGGAAAAUUGACUUAAAUACAGAAACAUUAGACAAUUUGGAGAAAAAAGUAAACAGUAAUACGGAAUCUAUUCAGAGAUUACUGCAAGACUCAAAGUCCAUACAGGAAAAGACUGCUGCUGUAGAAUUUAAAUUGGGGCAAUUGGAAACUGAAAAGGUACCAGACCUGCAGAAAGAGAUUGCAGAACAUAAGUUAACGUUGUCUAUGAUUGACCUUAAAGACAAACAAACAAAUCUUAGAAUUAGAGCUGUUCCUGAGUUGGAGAAAGGCACCCUGAUAGAUUUUCUGACACAAGAAUUUCUGGAUUUUUGGAAAUCGGAAUUGAAACAAGAGGACUUUAGGAUUGUGAGGGCUUUUCGACUGGGGAAAGGAGGAAGAAAGAUUAAAAUAAGGGAUUGUCUGAUCACCCUCCGAUCCAAAGAAGAAAGGGACAAAAUUUUGGGCCUGCACUACGAAAAACCCUUGACAAUCAUACAAUCAAAAGUGGAAAUCUUUAAAGAUAUACCAAAACAUCUUCUUGAUUUAAGAAAAGAUUUUGGAGAUUUGGUGGACUUGUUGAGAAAAAAUAAAAUCCUUUUCAGGUGGGAAUUUCCCCAAGGUCUAUCCUUUAGUUUUAAAGGAAGAAAGACCAAGAUUAGAUCAGUGGAGGAAAAGAAUAAGUUUUUGAGUGCAUACGAAGAAGAUCUACAGAAAGGACUGGGAAAAGACACUGCGAUACCGGUUAAGAGUCUGCAAAAAAAAGUGAAAUCAACGCCACCAACAGAUAUUGACAGUCUUCUUGGGGCUGUUGGAGGAGAAGGAGAGUGUGAUGGGACGAUGAGCUGCUUGUGUGUAAAAUCCUAGUCCCUCAGAGUUUGGUCAAGUUUGCAAACCUCUGUCUGUAACGGAGCCCCUUAAACAUGGCUCCGUCAGUCGCUGGCAGAUUCCGACAGUGGUUGCUUUCGGAAUCGCUUCCAACAUAAAAGCUCCUUAACGGAAACACGUCUUCUGGACUCUCUGCGUGACAGUUUCCGGCGAGGAGUGGGUGUCCCUACAGGAGGUCCUGAAACCUCCCCACUGUUUUCGCUGGAAGUGUCUCUGAGCCAUCCCUCCAGCUCCCUUCCCUCAGCCCAGCUCCUCUCCCCCUACUGGUUCCCUCUUCAGCUGCUGAGUCUCUCCCAACCUGUGUGAGCCCUUUCACUUCCCUUCCUUCCGAUGGCAGUUCCCUGACAUCCACCUCCCCUCCAGGGCCCCCUUCAUCCCCUCUCGCCCCUCCUCUACGGGCGGUGAGGAGGCAAAACCCGGAAUGAACUUCCUUCAUCUUCCGAUGUCCCGAACACUUCUCUCCACCUGUUGCGGUUCCUGGUCUCAAGUACUCCUCCUCCUCAGAGUCCAUCUCCCCUUCCCCUUCCGAUUCCGAGAAUCCUUCCAACUCCUCCUCCUCAUCGGUGGUCCCAAAGUAUUCCCUCCGGAACCUCUCCACAGGCUGAGGUUUCCUUGGGAACCUUUGAUGGAACGUUUCUAUCAAUACCUCGUCAUUGAUAUCUUCUGCCAUUACCCAAGUGUUUUCUGACUCCGGUUCUCCUUCCCACGCUACCAAAUACUCCACCUGAUCCCCCUUCCAUCUGGCGUCGAGGAUUUCUGCCACAUGGCUGCUGCAUUCCCUUUCUUCUAUGACCGGUCCCCGAGUGGCCAUCCCUUCUCGUCCCCCCUCAUACGGUGACAGUAACGACCUGUGAAAUACUGGGUGCAGUUUCAUGUGGUUGGGUAACCGGAGCCUGAAAGCCACUGGGUUGACCUGUUGAAUGACCUCAAAGGGACCCAAUCUCCUGGGUCUUAAUUUCUUACAACCUCCUUUGAACGGCAACCCUUGGGUUGACAGCCACACCCUAUCUCCCACCCUUAUGGUUUCACCUUCCCUUCGGUUCUUGUCUGCCUGCCUCUUGUAUUCUUCCUUCGCCCUUUCUAAGUUGAGUUGGAGCUGACGAUGGAUUGCUUCCAUUUCUUCUACAAAAUGCUCGGCUGCCGGGACACCCCAUCUCUCCCUUCUCCCCUGGGAAAGCCCUGGGAUGACACCCAUAAUUAGCCAAGAAGGGCUCAUCCCUGUGGACACAUUCUCGGCAUUGUUGUAGGCAAAUUCCGCCAGCGCCAACUUUUCUACCCAGUCAUUCUCUCUGUCAUUGACAUAACACCUCAGGUAUUGCUGGAGGACCCCGUUUGCUCUUUCCGCCUGCCCGUUGGUUUCAGGGUGCCGGGCAGUCGAAAAGUUGACCUCCACCUGCAGUAAGCUCAUGAGCUUCCUCCAGAACCUGGAAGUAAAUUGUUUUCCUCGGUCUGAGACCACCCUCAAUGGCACCCCGUGCAACCUAAAAAUGUGUUCUACAAAUAACUUCGCUGUCUCUUCCGCCGUGACUGCAUGCGAGCAGGCUACAAAGUGGCACAUCUUUGUUAGUAGGUCUACCACCACCAUGAUGGCUGUUUUCCCCUUGGACUUCGGCAGAUCAGUCAUAAAAUCUAUCGACACUGCCUCCCAAGGUCGUUCUGGGGUUGGUAAGGGUUCUAAUAGCCCCGCCGGUGCCCGCCUCUCCCCUUUGGCUCGCUGGCAUUGCUCACACCCUCUUACAUACUCCCGUACAUCGUCCCUCACCUUAGGCCACCAAAAUUCCCUGGUGACCAACCACAUGGUUUUGUGUUGUCCAAAAUGCCCCGCCGUGGGGCUGUCGUGCAACUGCUUGAGUACCCUCCCCCUUAAGUCUCCUUCAGGGAUAUACAGUGCCCCUUUGUAAUACAAAGCUCCAUUUCUUUCCUCGAACCCCUGGUUCCUCUCCCUCACCCCUAAGACCUCUGAGCUUAUUCUGGGCGUAUUCAUCAUUCUCUGUUUCCUCUACCAGUUCUCUUUGUCCCACCAAUGCCGCCCCACACACCCAGCGGUCCUCUGGAAUGACAUGUCUCUCUUCGGGUGCUCCUCCCCUCCAAAUAUUCAGGUUUGCGUGAGAGAGCGUCCGCCCUAAUGUUCUCUGGGCCUGGCACGUAACAAAUCUCAAAGUUAAAUUUGGAGAACUCCUGGGCCCAUCUCACUUGCCGUUGGUUGAGCACUCGUGCCGUCCUCCAAUACUCUAGGUUCUUGUGGUCAGUGCACACUUGCACCUUAUGUUGUGCGCCAAUUAGCAGGUGCCUCCAUCUCCGGAACGCCUCAUGAAUGGCUAGUAGUUCUCGGUCAUACACCGUGUAGUUCCUCUCGGAUUUGUUCAGCUUUCGCGAAAAAAGGCACACGGUCUCCACUCUGACUCCUCCUUCCCUGGCUGCAGAAGCACCGCCCCAAUAGCUCUGUCUGAUGCGUCAGUUUCCACUCUCAUCGGUUUUUGUAAAUCCACAUGCAGGAGUUGUUGUUCCGAGGCGAAGGCCCUGUUUAGUUCCUCAAAUGCUCGCUCCGCCUCCUCAGUCCAAACGAACUUCUUCUUACUGCUGAGACAGUCCGUAAUGGGCGCCGUCAGGUGGGCAAAGUUUCGGAUGAACUUACGAUAGAAGUUCCCAAAUCCUAGGAACCUCUGCACAUCCUUCCUUGUUUUGGGUGUUUUCCAUUCCAGCACCGCCUGGACCUUGCCGGGAUCCAUGGCCAAUCCCUUGUCUGACAGGCGAUACCCCAGGAAUUCCACCUCCUUGGUAUGAAACUGACACUUCUCCAGUUUCACCCACAGCUGGUUGGCUUGCAGCCUGCUCAACACUUCUCUGACGUCUCUCACAUGCUGCUCCUCAUUCUCAGAAUACACCAACACGUCGUCUAAGAAGGCCACACAAUUCUUGUAAAGCAAAGGCCCCAGGACGUGGUUCAUAAACGAUUGAAAGCACGCGGAGCCUCCUUGUAGGCCGAAGGGCAUAACUAAAUAUUCAAAUGCCCCCAAAGGGGUGAACAUGGUGGUUUUCCAUUCAUCCCCCUUCCUUAUUCGUAUCAGGUUGUACGCCCCCCUUAGGUCCAGUUUAGUAAAAAUCUUUCCCUUCCUGACCCUUGUCAAAAUGUCGUCAAUCCUGGGCAUAGGGAAAGCCACUGGUUCUGACACUGCAUUUAAGGCCCUGAAGUCACACACAAGCCUCGGCUUGUUCGUGUUUUUAUCCACAAAAACACUGGGCUGCCCCCACCGCCCUGGACUCUCUGAUGAACCCUCUCUUCAGGUUCUUGUCAAUGAACUCUCUUAGCUCCUGCAUCUCUCUGUCUGACAUGGCGUACAGCUUGCCUACAGGGAGCUGUGCCCCAGGGAGUAAAUUGAUUUGACAGUCAAAGGGUCUAUGCGGGGUAGUUGGUCAGCUUCCCUUUCGCUGAAGACGUCGCGGAGAUCUGCGUAUUGUCGUGGUACCUUCACGUUCUCCGUUACUUCAGUCCCUGCUAGGGUGGCUUGGGCCCCUGCCAAACCCUUUCCCUCUUUGCAGUGUUCUAAGCAAUGUGCUGAACCAAAAGAAACCACUCUCUGAUGCCAGCCCACCAGCGGAUCAUGUAACGCUAGCCAGCUCAUCCCCAAUAUAAUGGGAGCUCCUCCCAAGGUGGCCACAUUAAACGCUAUCAGUUCGGUGUGCCUUGCCACCUUCAUUAUCAUUGGGACGGUCUGCAAGCUGACUUCUCCUCCCAACAGCUCCCUGCCAUCGAUCGUGGUCACAUGCAGGGGGUUGCUUAAAGGAUCGUCUGUAUCUGGUGUUCAGCUGCAAACUCUUUGCUCAUGAAAUUGCAGGAGCUGCCUGAGUCCAACAGCGCCUUUAUCUUUAGAGGGUGUCCGUUUGGCAGCUCUAGCGCCACUUCUAUCACUAGGGCGGGUUUAGGAGGUUCUGGCGUGGGCACUUUCACUGCUCUUUGGCCUGGCUGCUGUGCCCCGACGGUGGCAGCCAGGCGUUGGCUUUUACUUGCUUCGGUAUUUCUUCCUCUCUUCCCUCCACAGCUCCUACCAUCCCUUGCCAUUCCUUCCUCUGGGGGCAGACUCUGGCAAAGUGACCUGGCUGUUGGCAGAGAUAGCAUUUCCGGGCGCCUUUUCCUCCUUCUUCCCCCCUCACUGGGCUUUGAAACUGCGCGCGCGCGCGCUGUUCCGAUUUCCAUCGGCUCUGCCGGCGGGAAAGUUGGCUCUGGAAUGUCUGGAAUGCGGAACUCCUUCCAACGUUCCCCCUUCCCUUCCCGCCUCUCCAAUGCUCUCGCCUCCUGGCGCGCUCCUAUGGUCAGCGCUGAUUUGGUCAGCUGGUCCAUAGACUCCGCCCUGGGCGCCCGGGAAAGUUCGUCUUUCACAGCCGAAGAAAGCCCUUCUUCAAAGAGCAUUUGAAUGGGUUCCGCCGAUAGAUCCCACCCCAAUUUAUGGAUCAACAUGGUGAACUCAGUCCAGUACUCACGGACAGAUCGGCUCCCCUGUUUGCAAGCCAUUAACUGUCUGCGGACCACUCCCUGUUCAAUAUCGCUGGAAAACAUCAGAUCCAUGGCGCGAAAGAACUUCAUCGUGUCCUUUAGGACGUCACUAUUCGCUGCCAUCAGGGGUCUAACCCAGUCUCUCGCCCCUUUUCAAGAUGCCCAAUCACGAAAGCCACUCGUGAUUCCUCGUCAGGAAUUCAUCAAACUGCAGAUUGAGGGCAUAUUGCAUCUCUGUCCGAAAGCCAUGAUAGUCUUUGGGCUCCCCCCCAAACUUCUGCACCAAUCCUGGUACCUUUCUGACGAGCUGGGUGUCUUUCCCCUUUUUGUCUGCAUCCUGAGCCCUCCUCUCCUCAAGCCUCGCCGUCUGCAGCGCUAGCUGGACCUCCAACACCCGGUACCUUUCUUCCAGGCUUGGACCCGCUCCAGCUCCUGCUUCUCCGGUUCCGGCUGGGUUGCUCAUGAUGCCUUCUCCUGCACAAGCUGCUCACGAAGACUGUCGGAAUGCUGUGAUGGGACGAUGAGCUGCUUGUGUGUAAAAUCCUAGUCCCUCAGAGUUUGGUCAAGUUUGCAAACCUCUGUCUGUAACGGAGCCCCUUAAACAUGGCUCCGUCAGUCGCUGGCAGAUUCCGACAGUGGUUGCUUUCGGAAUCGCUUCCAACAUAAAAGCUCCUUAACGGAAACACGUCUUCUGGACUCUCUGCGUGACAGUUUCCGGCGAGGAGUGGGUGUCCCUACAGGAGGUCCUGAAACCUCCCCACUGUUUUCGCUGGAAGUGUCUCUGAGCCAUCCCUCCAGCUCCCUUUCCCUCAGCCCAGCUCCUCUCCCCCUACUGGUUCCCUCUUCAGCUGCUGAGUCUCUCCCAACCUGUGUGAGCCCUUUCACUUCCCUUCCUUCCGAUGGCAGUUCCCUGACAGAGAGUAACUACAAAAUGACACUACAAGUUUUAAGUUGGAAUAUUAACGGUCUAAAUUCGUCGGCAAAAAGGGGGAGAGUAUUUCAUACAUUGAAGAAAGAACAUUUGGACUUGAUUUGCUUACAAGAAACUCAUGUGACAAGGCUACAUCGAAAAAUUUUGAUAAAUAAAAGAUUGGGACAAGAAUUCAUUUCAUCGGACAAUGUUAAAAAAAGAGGGGUAGUACUUUAUGCGAAGGAAAGCCUGUCACCAAAAUUUAUAUUUAAAGAUGACCAAGGAAGAUAUAUAGCAAUUGAAAUUCAGUUCCAAGGACAGAAAUUUUUGAUAAUAGGUGUAUAUGCACCAAAUGAGGGAAAAUCAGAAUUCUUUAAGAAAUUGCAUGAAACUCUCCUGGAUUAUCUGGAUUAUAACAUUAUUUUGAUGGGAGAUAUGAAUGGAGUAGUGUCUAUAAAUAUGGAUAAAGCCCAAAGACAAACAGUGACAAAAGAUGGAAGAUUACCAAAGACAUUUUUUGAAAUGACUGACAAUAUGGAUCUUGUGGAUAUUUGGCGAAUAAAGAACCCCUUGGAAAGAGAGGGAACCUUCUUCUCUGAAGCAAAUAUGACAUGGACAAGAAUAGACCAAAUCUGGAUAACUAGAGGACUGGCCCCUAAGAUUAAAAAAGCGGUGAUUUGCCCGAAAAUCUGCUCUGAUCACAACCCAGUAAAGAUUGAAAUGAUACCAAUGCCAAUUGGAGCUUUUAGAUGGAGGAUGAAUGACACCUUAUUUAGGAAUGAGGAAAUUAUUAAAAAGGCUCAGAAGAACUUGAGAGACUAUUUUGAGAUAAAUUUGAAUACCACGACAGAAAAAAGAGUGAUUUGGGAUGCCAGCAAAGCGGUGAUGAGAGGAUUUUUGAUACAACAAAACGCAAUUAGGAAAAGAUAUCAAAAUGAGAAGAGAGAAAAAUCUUGGAGAAAAUUAAGGAUGGAGAAAAAAGACUGAGGGCGAAACCGAACUCACAGGAGAUUCUAAAAGAGAUAAAGCUAUACCAAGUACAAUAUAUGAAACUGAUGAACCAGGAGAUAGAAUGGAAGAUUAAACAGAUGAAACAAAAGACUUUCGAAUCGGCAAAUAAAUGUGGGAAAUUACUGGCCUGGCAAAUGAAAAAAAGACAAAAGCUGAAUACGAUUACGAACUUGGUAGUAGAAGGGAAGAACAUACAGAACCCUGGAGAGAUUCGGAAGUGCUUUCAGAACUAUUUUAAACAGUUAUAUAUGCAGGAGACUCAGAAAGAAUUAGACAUUGACCGAUUUUUGAAAAAUAAUGGAUUACAAAAAGUAUCUCAAGAGAGUAAAUCAAUAUUAAACUCUACAAUAUCUGAUCAAGAGGUGGAAGGAGCCAUUCAGAAUAUGAAAUUGGGCAAAUCUCCAGGGCCGGAUGGACUAACUGCAAAGUACUACAAAACUUUGAAAGAAUGGUUAUUGCAACCGUUGAAAGAACUUUGCAAUGAAAUACUACGGGGAGGAAAAGCACCCGAGUCGUGGAAAGAAGCAUACAUUACACUUAUACCAAAAACCGAAGUGGAGAAGACACAGUUGAAGAACUACCGUCCCAUAUCCCUACUAAAUGUGGAUUACAAAAUUUUUGCGGAAAUUAUGGCUAAAAGAUUAAAAAAUGUAUUGGUAAAAGAGAUUCAUAAAGACCAGGCGGGCUUUCUCCCUGGGAGACAUUUGUCAGAUAAUACUAGGAAUAUUAUUAAUAUUUUGGAAAAAUUGCAAGUUAAUAUCAAUACUAAAGCUGUUUUAAUAUUUGUAGAUGCAGAGAAAGCGUUUGACAAUAUUUCUUGGAGUUUUAUGAAGAAAAAUUUGCAGGGGAUGGGGGUAGGCCAAAGUUUUGAAAAUGGUAUAGGUGCAAUUUAUUCGGAACAAAAAGCCAAGCUUAUUGUGAACAAUGUAGUUACAGAAGAAUUUAAGAUAGAGAAAGGAACAAGACAGGGUUGCCCAAUCUCCCCAUUGCUUUUUAUAUCGGUCCUGGAGGUUUUGCUCAAUAUGAUUAGAAAAGACCAAUUGGUUAAAGGUAUACAACUCGGAGCUAAACAGUACAAAUUGAAAGCUUUUGCUGAUGAUUUAGUUUUGACAUUACAGGAGCCAGAAGCUAGCACAACAAGAGUAUUACAAUUAAUCCAAGAAUUUGGUCAAGUAGCAGGUUUCAAAUUAAACAAGAUGAAAACUAAGGUAUUAGAGAAAAACCUUACAGAGAUUGAGAAGGAGAGGUUUCAGAAAGAGACAGGAUUAACAAUUGUUAAUAAAGUGAAAUAUCUAGGGGUGAAUAUGACUGCCAAAAAUGUGAAUCUGUUUAAAGAUAAUUAUGAAAAAUGUUGGUCAGAAGUGAAGAAGGAUUUAGAAAUAUGGUCAAAAUUGAAGUUAUCAUUGUUGGGCCGAAUUGCAGCGAUAAAGAUGAAUGUUGAUAAAUGCCUAGAAUGUUGUUUUUGUUUCAAACAUUACAAAUUGUGGACAAAAUGGACUGUUUCAAGAGGUGGCAAAGAGAUAUUUCCAAAUUUAUCUGGCAGGGCAAAAAGCCUAGAAUAAAAUUUAAGAUAUUAACAGACGCGAAGGAAAGAGGGGAUUUGCCCUGCCAGAUCUUAAACUUUACUAUGAAUCAGCCGCUUUUUGUUGGCUGAAAGAUUGGCUACUUCUUGAAAAUGUGGACAUUUUAGAUCUAGAAGGUUUUGAUAAUGUGUUUGGAUGGCAUGCAUAUUUAUGGUAUGACAAAGUUAAAGCGCAUAAGGCCUUUAAGAAUCAUAUUGUCAGGAAAGCAUUGUUUAAUGUUUGGGUGAGAUAUAAGGAUUUGUUGGAAAGUAAAACACCAAGGUGGCUGUCACCAAUGGAGGCAAAGGCAUUGAAAAAACAAAUAUGGAGACAAACUGGCCAAAAUAUUGUGAAAUUUUAGAACAAGUUGGAGAUAAAUUAAAAUUGCAGAGCUUUGAUAAAUUAAAAACUAAAGUUCGAGAUUGGCUUCACUACUAUCAAAUAAGGGAGGUUUUUAACCUAGAUAAAAGAUUGGUUUCCAGGAGGAAAAAUCUAAACUGGAAACGGAAUUGUUAGAACCUAAAACUAAAAAUCUGUCAAGAAUGUAUAAUCUGCUGUUGAAAUGGAAUACACAGGAUGAAAUGGUUAAAUCUGCUAUGAUUAAAUGGGCACAAGAUGUUGGGCAUAAUAUCAUGUUUGCUGACUGGGAACGGUUAUGGACCACAGGUAUGAAAUUUACGGCUUGUAACGCCUUAAGAGAAAAUAUAAUGAAAAUGAUUUAUAGGUGGUACUUAACCCCAGUCAAGCUAGCAAAAAUCUAUCAUUUGCCUGAUAAUAAAUGUUGGAAAUGUAAAGAAAAUGAAGGUACUUUUUUCACCUUUGGUGGACGUGCCCAAAGAUCAAGGCCUUCUGGGAAAUGAUAUAUAAUGAAUUAAAAAAGGUAUUGAAAUACACUUUCUUGAAGAAACCAGAGGCCUUCCUCUUGGGCAUGGUCGGCCAAUUGGUGCGAAGGGAAGACAGGAAUUUUUUUAUGUAUGCGACAGCAGCGGCAAGAAUACUUAUUGGGAAAUACUGGAAGACACAAGAAUUGCCUACCCGAGAAGAAUGGCAGAGGAAAGUGAUGGACUAUAUGGAACUGGCUGAGAUGACCGGCAGAAUUCAAGAUCAGGAAGAAGGGUUGAUGGAAGAAGACUGGAAAAAAUUUAAAUAUAUCUUCAGAAACACUGUAAUAUAAAAGAAUGUUAGAAAAGGUUGGAGAAGAAUAUUAGACCGUAUUGGCAGACAGGGUAUAAUGGAAUAAGUAAAUAUGAAGUGUAAAAUAAAGAUAGAGGAGAAUUAAAUACUUUCGAAUGUUAAAAUAAGUAAAAGAAAAGAAGGUUAGAAGGAUUUGCUGGAGAUACGAUUCAAAUUAGAAUACAAAGCAGGGAGGUGAGAGGAAGUCAUGGAAACAAGUAAAUGGGAAGACGGUUGUAAUGGUUUAAUUGAUUUUUGUUAUUUUCUAUUGUGAUUUUUUGUCUUUUGUAUUUCUCUUUUUACUGUCUGUUUUUUGUAAGAUGUAUGUGAUUUGUUUGUUUUUUCUACUUUUUUCUUUUUUUGUAAUUUUAAAAUUAGAAUAAAUAUUUUUUUAAAAAAAAAAAAGCAAAAGAUGAAUAAACAGAAGCAUAGUUCAUCUAUGGAAUCCAUCCUACAGGAGACAGUGACAUCCAGCAACUUGGAUAGCUUGAAAAAAAGGAUAAGACUGACGUCUCUGCUCUGCCCUCGUGGUUCAGGCAAUAAUGCUUCUUGAUACUAGUUUCUGGAAAGCACAGGAAGGCAGAGAAGACUCUUGUGCUCCAGUCCUGCUUGCCGGUUUCUCACAGGCAUCUGGUUGGCCUCUGUGAGAAGAGGAUGCUGGACUAGGUGGGCCUUUGCCUGAUCCAGCAGGCUCUUCUUAGGUUCCAAUAUAUUGCAAUAUUUUUACAGUUACAUGUAGCACUUAAGUUUUAUUUAUUUCACAAGGGAAAUACUGUUACUCGAGCCUGAGAUCAUUUCUUCACUUCAGAAAGAAAAAUACAGCGAUGUGUCUAAUAAGCUAAUUCCACCACAGAUUCGUAUUAUAAAAUGAUGGUGCAUUAUUAAGUGUGAAUGGAGUGCUCAGGUGUUGCUGUUGCCAUUAUCUCAUCUGCUUUGCAAAAAAUUUGGAACCUAGAGAGGACAGUGGAGAUUGGAGACGGUGUUAAAAUGAGAGAAGGUGCAGAUUGGGAUUGACAUGUGUUCAGUUCCUUUUUUGUCUUUCUUGAAAGUCUAACAGGAUUCUCUUUCCUCCCAGACUCCCAAACAGGUGAGGAAGAUGAAGGUCACAAUUCUAUGGAGCCACCUGUCAAUUCAUUGGGAAGAACAAAGAAACUGAGGAUACAACAACAAACUCACAAAGGAGAGAAACUAUUUCAAUGUAUGAAGUGUGGGACGAGCUUUAGUCAUAGUCAAGCACUUAGAAUACAUCAACGAACUCACACGGGUGAGAAACCAUUUAAAUGUAUGGAGUGCGGUAAGAGCUUCAGUCAAAGUGGACAUCUUAGAAUACAUCAACAAACUCACACAGGGGAGAAACCAUUUCAAUGUAUUGAAUGUGGAAAGAGCUACAGUCAAAAUGGACACCUUAAAAUACACCAACGAACUCACACGGGAGAGAAACCAUUUAAAUGUUUUGAGUGUGGAAAGAGCUUCAGUGAAAGUGGGAAACUUAAAUUACACCUACGAAUUCACACGGGUGAGAAACCAUUUAAAUGUAUUGAAUGUAGAAGGAGCUUCAGUGAAAGUGGAGCACUUAGAAUACACCAACGAAUUCACACGGGUGAGAAACCAUUUAAAUGUAUGGAGUGCGGUAAGAGCUUCAGUCGAAGUGGAACACUUAGACGACAUCUACGAAUACACACGGAGGAUAAACCAUUGAAAUGUAUUGAAUGUGGAAAGAGCUUCAGUGAAAGUGGAGCACUUAGAAUACACCAACGAAUUCACACAGGUGAGAAACCAUUUAAAUGUAUGGAGUGCGGUAAGAGCUUCAAUGAUAGUGGAUCACUUAGAAUACACCAACGUACUCACACGGGAGAGAAACCAUUUAAAUGUAUUGAAUGUGGAAAGAGCUUCAGUGAAAGUGGACAUCUUAGAAGACACCAACGAACUCACACAGGGGAGAAACCAUAUAAAUGUAUAGAAUGUGGAAAGAGCUUCAGUGAUAGUGGAUCACUUAGAAGACAUCAACGAACUCACACAGGGGAGAAACCAUUUAAAUGUAUUGAAUGUGGAAAGAGCUUCCAUGUAAGUGGAGCGCUUAGAAGACAUCAACAAACUCACACAGGGGAGAAACCAUUUGAAUGUAUGGAAUGUGGAAAGAGCUACAGUCGAAAUGGAGAACUUAGAAUGCACCAACAAACUCACACAGGGGAGAAACCAUUUAAAUGUAUGGAAUGUGGAAAGAGCUACAGUCGAAGUGGAGAACUUAGAAUACACCAACGAACUCACACAGGGGAGAAACCAUUUAAAUGUAUGCAGUGUGGAAAGAGCUUCCAUGAAAGUGGAGCACUUAGAAGGCAUCAACAAACUCACACAGGGGAGAAACCAUUUGAAUGUGUGGAUUGUGGAAAGAGCUUCAGUCAAAGUGGGACACUUAGAAUACACCAACGAACUCACACAGGGGAGAAACCAUAUAAUUGUAUGGAGUGCGGUAAGAGCUUCAGUACGAAUGGAGAACUUACAAUACACCAACGAACUCACACAGGGGAGAAACCAUUUAAAUGUAUGGAAUGUGGAAAGAGCUACAGUCGAAGUGGAGAACUUAGAAUACACCAACGAACUCACACAGGGGAAAAACCAUUUAAAUGUAUGGAAUGUGGAAAGAGUUUCCAUGAAAGUGGAGCACUUAGAAUACAUCAACGAACUCACACGGGGGAGAAACCAUUUGAAUGUGUGGAUUGUAGAAAGAGCUUCAGUGAUAGUGGAUCAUUUAGAAGACAUCAACGAACUCACACGGGGGAGAAACCAAUUAAAUGUAUUGAAUGUGGAAAGAGCUACAGCCAAUAUGGAGCACUUAGAAGACAUCAACGAACUCAUACAGGGCAAAAACCACAGAUACUUUAAUAAACUGCAUAGGUGUUUUUUACCUUUCCUUCUAUGCUUCCUUGCAAUACUGACAAAAUCAAACCAUGCCAAUGCUUUCAGCCCCAGAAGAGGAGCUCCCCUUGGUGUCAAAAGAAAGCAUUCCUGUGCCACAUUUCGUAGCAGUUACUUUAACACACUCUACCUGGGGCUGCCUUUGAAAAGAGCUCAGAAGCUUCAAUGGCUCAAAGAGCAGCAUAGGACUCCCAUAUUCGAACAGCUUCGUCUGCCUAAUUGUCUGUUUCUGAACACAAUCAAUGUUUCCACAAGAAGAGGAAGAUAGAUUUGGAGUGCAGCGUUUUCAAUAAGAAAUGGACCCACGACUAUUUCUUUGUGGAGCUGACCCUCAUUUGUGGUGAGGCCCUCUCCGUCCUGAAGAAGGCCCACCUGCAGACACACUGCAGGACGAAGCACAUUCAGUACGAGGAGUUCCAAGGGCAGCUGCGCCAGGAGAAGGUCAAGGUGCUGAAAACGGACCUGUUGGGUAACCUGUGGCCCCUCCAGAUGAUGUCAAAUUGCAACUCACGUCUUCUUUCGCCGCUGGCCAUGCUGGCUGGGGCUCAUGGGAGCUGGAGUCCAAGGAUCUAGGUCCACAAAUGCCGGGGACAAUUCAAAUCCCUCCUCAGUCGUGAAGCUGAUUGGGCGACUUAAAGCUGGUCACCAUCUUUAUGCGAAACCUCCCUCGCAGGGUUGCUGUGUGCGUGAAAGCACUAUAUCUUGUGGUGGGCUUGAUGAGGGAAGUGUGGAACAUAAAUGUAAUUCAUAGGUAAGAAGACAGGAAAUAGUUCUGAAUCUGACUGAAAAUUAAGGAUUCUUUGUCUCCAAGUUGCAUAUAGCAAGCACCUGUGUUGUUGAACUCUAGCUGAAGUCUCAGCAUCUGGUUCCUCAGCACUCUGCACUCUCUCUCUGGAAACCUCCAGCUGUCAGGUGACAGGAACCAGCCAAUGCCUCCCAGUUCAGAAACAGUCUGCCAAGAGCUGAGAUUGGAAGUGGACAACCAGGGAAAAUUAGGGGAGCAACAACAUUUUUGAAUCCAUGCUCAUGAAUGUUGAUUUGAAUCAAUUUGCCAGAUGUGUUCAAAAUAGUAGGGAAAAUUUAUGGUUGACACCACCUUGGGACAGUUUUGACAGGAAUUUGGGGAACUGGGAAUAUUUUUAGCUCCAUCAAAGUUGAUGGAUCAGCAAAUAGCUGGAGAGGAUUAAGGGGCGGGGGCGGGAAUCAGGCCUUGUUUCUCAUGUGACAGAUAACCGAUUCCACAGUUCUUAAAGCUGACUGUUUGCUGCCUCCUAAAAUGAUGCUUAAGCCUCCCCCCCCAAAAAAAAACACAACUCAAACAUGGCAGCUGGUCUUGUCAAACGGGCCAAUAUAAGGUUCACAUUUGGCAAGAUUGUUGUUGUUUAGUUAUUUAGUCGUGUCCGACUCUUCGUGACCCUAUGGACCAGAGCAUGCCAGGCACUCCUCUCUUCCACUGCCACCCACAGCUUGGUCAAACUCAUGCUGGUAGCUUCGAGAACACUGUCCAACCAUCUUGUCCUCUGUCGUCCCCUUCUCCUUGUUCCCUCCAUCUUUCCCAACAUCAGGGUCUUUUCCAGGGCGUCUUCUCUUCUCAUGAGGUGGCCAAAGUAUUGGAGCCUCAGCUUCACGAUCUGUCCUUUCAGUGAGCACUCAGGGCUGAUUUCCUUCAAAAUGGUUAGGUUUGAUCUUCUUGCAGUCCAUGGGACUCUUUAGAGUCUCCUCCAGCACCAUAAUUCAAAAGUAUCAAUUCUUCGGCGAUCAGCCUUCUUUAUGGUCCAGCUCUCACUUACAGACAUCACUACUGGGAAAACCAUAGCUUUAACUAUACGGACCUUUGUUGGCAAGGUGAUGUCUCUGCUUUUUAGGAUGCUGUCUAGGUUUGUCCUUGCUUUUCUCCCAAGAAACAGGAGUCUUUUAAUUUUGUGACUGCUGUCACCAUCUGCAGUGAUCAUGGAGCCCCAGAAAGUAAAAUCUCUCACUGCCUCCAUUUCUUCCCCUUCUAUUUGCCAGGAGGUGAUGGGACCAGUGGCCACGUUCUUCGUUUUUUUGAUGUUGAGCUUUAGACCAUAUUUUGCGCUCUCCUCUUUCACCCUCAUUAAAAGGUUCUUUGAUUCCUCCUCACUUUCUGCCAUCAAGGUUGUGUCAUCCUCAUAUCUGAGGUUGUUGAUAUUUCUUCCGGCAAUCUUAAUUCCAGUUUGGGAUUCAUCCACUCCAGCCUUUCUCAUGUUGAAUUCCGCAUAUAAGUUAAAUAAGCGGGGAGACAGUAUACAGCCUUGUCAUACUCUUUCCCAAUUUUGAACCAAUCAGUUGUUCCAUAUCCAGUUCUAACUGUAGCUUCUUGUCCCACAUAGAGAUUUCUUAUGUUAUGGAAAUUAUGGGAGAUUUCUCAUGUUACAGAGAUUUCUCAUGUUACGGAAACUACAUAUUGCUAGACUGUUAAAUGUUACAAAAAUUAUGCCUGAAUGUAUCCUUUCACCGUGACAGCUCAGGGAAGUUACCUAGCUUUAAAAAUAAUAUAAAAUCAACUCCUUUGCCAGUUUCCUCCAUUCCAAAGAUAUUUUCCCCUUGAAAAAGGACUCCAGGAAGUGUCCAGGGGUGAGAAUUGCUGAGCUGGGCCAAGGAAAGCCUAAUCCCAUCACCAAACUUGCCAAGGGGCCAGACAUGCAAAGGAAGUUCUAUUGUACUUUGGGUGAUGGGACUUCAGAGGUGUUUGCCUAUGCUAAUCUUAUACCUGAGUCUUGCCCUGACAUGUCUACUUAUGCUAAUCUUGUACCAAGGGCUUGUCUGGACAUGUUGGCCAAGGUUAAACUAGUGUAACCCCUGUCUACCCCAUCCCUUUUGUGACAUGUCAGUGAUGUAACAAUCAUAUAACAGUGAUGCUCUACAAACUGUAUUCUGGGAUAUGGUGGGGAAGUUUUAAAAGUCUUUGUCACCCCAUGCUCGGGGUUCAAAAUUCCUCUUUCAACCUGUUGCGAAAUAAACUUUGGUCUACAGCUAUUUGCUCCAGUUGAUGGCUGGACUCCUUCCUUUAUUCCACAAGGGACCCACGGGCUCUGCCCGACGGGCUGGGUGACUGAGCAGCCUCACACCUAGAUUUUUCCGUAACACACAGAAGACAGAUGAGGUGAUCUGCUGAGAUAUGAUGGCGCCCGGCACACUUCCCCUGGGCCGAUGGAUGCCUGUGCUGAUAGAAAAAGCUUGAGCUCUCUUCACAGCUCUUAGCAGAGAUCCGCAGCGGCAGAAAGUGUUGCCUUGUGUGUGAAUAAUAAAUCAGGCUGUGCGCAGGCUUCUUGCUAAUCUCUAACAGUCUUUAAUGAGUAGAAAAACAUCAUAAAUCAGUCCCGGCGAGAGAGCAGGCAUCCUUCUCACCUCUCAGCCAAAAACGAAAGUAAAUCACACACAAAGAAAGAUUCCCGUAUGUGAACAUAACCACGCCUCAGAAUGUGAGACGUCACACAGAACUGUUUAACCCUGUAAGUUCUGAUUCUCCUCACAUGAUCAGGCACUCCCAUUUCUUUAAAAACUUGCCAUAGUUUGCUGUGGUUGACACAGUCAAAGGCUUUUGCAUAGUCAAUGAAGCAGAAGUAGAUGUUUUUCAUGAACACUCUAGCUUUCUCCAUAAUGCAGCGCAUGUUUGCAAUUUGGUCUCUGGUUCCUCUGCCCCUUCGAAAUCCAGCUUGCACUUCUGGGAGUUCUCAGUCCACAUACUGCUUAAGCCUGCCUUGUAGAAUUUUAAGCAUAACCUUGCUAGCGUGUGAAAUGAGCGCAAUUGUGCGGUAGUUGGAACAUUCUUUGGCACUGCCCUUCUUUGGGAUUGGGAUGUAGACUGACCUUCUCCAAUCCUCUGGCCACUGCUGAGUUUUCCAAAGUUGCUGGCAUAUUGAGUGUAGCACCUUACAGCAUCAUCUUUUAAAAUUUUGGUUUUCAGGGAAGAAGCAGCCCUGGAAAAUAAGGCAGGAAUUCACCUUGAAUCUUGCUAACAAAAUCCUUUCAUAGCUUUUUGUGAGGGUUUUGUGGCUGCUAAUCUUAAAGCCAGGAUGAGCACUAAGAACUGGGCAUCAUUUCCUCUGUUAUAAAAAAUAAAAUACUUGUUCUGCUUCUAAAGAAACCCUUUAGAAUGCAUUCUUAUUCUUUUUUCAUAAAAAAAAAUUCAAACAGCUGUGCAAAGGUGCUCCUGUGCAAUGCAAUGUCAGAAUAACAAAAUAAUGAAACAUCUCACAAGAGCCUUGUUUUUUAAAUAUACAGCUAAAAAACCUUAAAGCUCCUACAACACUUACCAAAUAGAACUCUAAUAGCAGGGACUAGGAGGCAACCUGAUAUUCAAGGCUUCACCCCCCCCAAACUCUGAGCUUUUGGUUUCUCUUUAGACACUCAUCUGUGGUCGCCUGGAGCAUUUGAGGGGAAAGAGAGAUAACAUUCUGGCAUACGAAGCAAACAUAGAAAAAGAAAGUGAUAACCUGUUUGUAAGUGUCAUUGUUACUUGGAAGGGAACAAGUGUUAUAAGUUUAAUGUACAUAUAAUGCUGUGCUUGAAUGCAUUGUAAUAAAAAUACUAUAAAGGGAAGUUUCUCUUAGACUUAGGCAAGAGGUUCCACUCUGACAGAAGCCUCAGAGGAGGCUGGAUCUUUCCUCAUAACUAGUCACUGGAGGCAUAAGCUGCAGAGCUCUCACGGAAGGAAGCUUAAACUUGAGAAGUCAGUGGGUGCUUGUUGGAGAUGGCUAGGAGAAGCAGCAGCAGUUGCAAAUAAGUCAUGCAAUGUUGAAGAAGCUUAGGAUCUCCCUCUGGGACCAGAGAGAGGAAAGCUGACUAAAUUACAUAAAGGACUGAACAUUGUUUGCAACGUGCUACUUUAUCAUGCUUAUCUUAUUGUUAGACUGUUUAAGACUGUUCUGCAGUAAGGCUUCAAAACUUAUUUUUGUGAUGGAGAGAAUUCAUUUCCACACAAGGUCCAGAUCAGGAAUUCCAUGGAACAACUUUAACAGCAAGUACUUGAAGGGUACUUCAACAAGUACUUGAAGGGACGUGGGUGGUGCUGUGGGUUAAACCACAGAGCCUAGGGCUUGCCGAUCAGAAGGUCAGCGGUUCGAAUCCCCACAACGGGGUGAGCUCCCGUUGCUUGGCCCCUGCUCCUGCCAACCUAGCAGUUCAAAAGCACAUCAGAGUGCAAGUAGAUAAAUAGGUACCGCUCCGGCGGGAAGGUAAACGGCGUUUCCGUGCGCUGCUCUGGUUCACCAGAAGUAGCUUAGUCAUGCUGGCCACAUGACCCGGAAGCUGUACGCCGGCUCCCUCAGCCAGUAAAGCGAGAUGAGCGCCACAACCCCAGAGUUGUCUACAACUGGGUCUAAUGGUCAGGGGUCCCUUUACCAUUACCUUUACUUGAAGGACCAAACCAAGAAUUACAACAAUCUCUUCCUCAAAAUGGUUCAGCCUCCACCACCUUUACUGCAGUCAACUGAAGGCAACCAACUAUGCCCUGGGCCCCUCGAUCUUUCUCACUGCCAAUGAAAACUAAUAAAUGAAAAGGAAGAGAACCUACCCAUGUCACACUGACACAAACACCUUGCAUAUGAACUUUGAAAAUAAUGAAAGUGUACUACCUCCCCCCCCCCCGCUUGCUCUCCCCACCUCUCAAUUCCCCAACCUUACACUGUAUACAACAUUAAAGUCUGUCUGUCUGUGAAUUUUUAUGAUAUCCAAACAGAGUAGCUUAUAGUUAGGAAGCCAACACCCUCCCUUCAGAUGUGAAGGAAAUAAGCAGCUAUCCUAUCCUAAAAGACAUCUGAAGGCAGCCCUGUUAUGGGAAGUUUUUAAUAUUUAAUGCUGUACUGUUUUUAACACUUGAUUGGAAGCCACCCAGAGUGGCUGGGGAAACUCAGCCAGAUGGGCGGGGUAUAAAUAAUAAAUUAUUAUUAUUAUUAUUAUUAUUAUUAUUAUUAUUAUUAUAUAAUGAUCUUCCUCUGUUUCACUUCAGAUAAUUCAGUGGGGCCUCUUCUCAGUUCAUUCUCUUCUGGAUCAGCGCCUUAA